AGAGUCACAUGGUCUCUGGUGUGAAUAUGGUCUUACUUGUUUUGACGGUUUUGACAGAGAAUUCAAAACAGCAUUGUAUGUAGGAGACAGAUGGUGUCUUAGUUUCUUGAUUUAGCUCUGAUCUUUAUUCCUCCUAUUCAUGUUGUUAGGUGUUUAUAUAAAAAUAUAGAGAAUGUGUCUUUGCUCAUGGAGUAACCAUAAUGUUCCUCAUGAAGGCAUAAACAUAGUCUCUGAAUGCAUUCAGCAUUAACUUCAUGCAAAUGUGGGAGGUUUCAAAUCCAUUCAAGCAUAAAUCCUGACAGAGACAAAAGCAAAAGAGUAGAGUGUUAGUGCAAUAACGACUAAAACUGGGACCUGUGCUCCAUGAGGAAUUCCAUCUACAUUAUUUGAGUCACUUUUUAUUUUCAAUCUCCUGACUGAGCAUUUUGAAACUAUGGGAACAGUUACUAACGUACUUCUUUGCAUCUUUGUUGUUGUGAUCGCUCAGGCUGAGCUGAUUUUAGAGGCAGACAGACCCUUCUUGAGCGUGCAGCAAGGACGAAUGGCUGUCCUGGAGUGCUGCUACACCAAAACAAUGGAGCAAAAGAGUUUCAAAUGGUUCAAACAUGUUGAAGUGGACAGCACAGUCAUAGGUCCUCAUGAAGUGAAUCUUACAGACUUUUUGACUGUUGAUACAAAAAACAACAAACCAUUUUGUGGCAUCCUGAACUUCCUCUCAGUCCAACCGAGUGACUCUGGCUUUUAUCAGUGUUGGCUGAUAGAGAGUAAAGUCUUCACAUAUGGCACCUACCUACACGUCUUCAAGCCCCUGGGGAAGGCGAUAGACAUCAAGGAGAGCACCAAAAACAAGAUCCUGACAGCUGAGGGAGUGCUGCUGUUCCUGUGUGUGAUUCUGCCUGCUGCCACUCUUCUCUUCCAGUCAAAGAGAAUAAGUGAGCUGGAGAAGAAGAAAGAGAGGAAGGAAGAGGAAAACAUCUAUCAGGGGCUGAAUCUGGAGGAUUGUUGCACCACAUAUGAUCAGAUCGAACGCUCCCAGGCACAUGGGCAGUAUGAGGAUGUGUGCACCCCUAUGCAGGAAGAGGAGGAGGAGAUCCAGCUGGAGAAACCUUAGAGGAGGGGGGGGAUACAAAAUAUUUGAUAUUGAAUUAAGUGUGUGCUUUGAAAUUUCCGCUUUUUUCUACACAAAUCAUGACUUGCAGUUAUGUAGCCUAUGCAGUUUAACAAGCACAACAUGAAAAGAUAUACAAAGAAGAUACUGAAACAACAAGGCCUUUCACUCCACAUCAUUUCACAGAGAAGACUUGUAUGUGUGUGUGUGUGUAUCUUUGUGUGUGUGUUUGUGAUGCACUCAUCUGUAUAUAACAUGCUUUGUUUAAAAAGCUCCAGCUCCACAUACUAGAAACAUCGUUUGUUGUUCCAGAAGAGUUUCAAGUGAAGUUUGAUUUUCCCACUUUUUUUCUUUAUAAUAUAUUUGUAUUAGGUUUUUCUGCUGUACACAUCAAUCAAAAAGUGCAUGUUACCCAGUUUUAUAUUUUCACAGACAAAAAAGAACACAUAGUACAAUGACAACUACUAGAGUCCAAUCCAAUGUGUUUAGAAAUAAGAAAACUGGAAGGACUCAUGAAUUAGAAAGAAGAUGUGAUACAUAAAAUUAAAUAAAAAUAAAUACAAAUAAAAAUAAAAAGUAUACAUAUAAAAAAUGUAAAUAAGAAAAUAAUAAAAAUAAACUACAAUCAAAAUUAUUUCUAACAAACAAAAUCUUGUCAUGAAUUUUUGCAACUUGGCCUAUGAAACAUUUAUUACAUUAGUCCUCAAGAGAGGGUAUAGAAUUUACAAAUGACAGCAAAGGACCCCAGGUCUUUUUAAAAUGAUCUGAACAACCUCUAGAACUAAACUUAAUUUUCUCUAAAUAGAGGAAGGAAAUUAGGUCUUUUAGCCAGGAAUUUUCAGAUGGCGGUUUAUGUUGCUUUCAUUGUUUCCCACUUUUUUAAACUGCAUUGAAAUAUGUAUUUGAUUUUUAUAAUUAUUUCAUUUUUUUACAGAACAACUUUAAGGUCUGUAAUAAUUUUGUUGCUUGUGUGAUCAAAGAAUAAAGUUUUCUUUUAACAGUAAAA